AUGGGCACCAGCCACCCUCUCUACAACCUGUCGGAUAUCACUGCCACUGCCAUGAAUUACAUAUCUCUUGUCGAGACCACGAUUCAGACAUUCUACGGCCUGAACACACGAUAUGUACAGCAGCCAAAGGUACAUGGUCGCAGGGCCACUGUCAAAAGCCACUUCCGACUCAUCGGGUUUGAUCAAUCCCUUGCGCAGGUUGAAACAGCCACGCCCUCGGAGCCUGAAGUUGCAGAGGACGCCGCCAGCCUGUCUAUUGACGUGUUGGUAAUUGAGUUACCAACACACGGCCUCGUCGACACGGCACCAAACACGGGUGCUUUUGGUCGCGUUCGUUGCAUGUUGGUGCACGACCAGCUACCCGACGCGAUCCCCUCUAGACCGAGUUGCAGCAUUCCCGCCCUGAACGCUCUAAGUGCACUGCCGGUUUGGGGGAAUAGGUUUGCCGUUUAUGACGAUUGGUGGGACUUCAGCCACUUGAAGACGGGUGCAGGAAAUCGCGUCGAACCGAGUACCGUUACGACGACGAAUGCAGGGCAGAAUCUACUGCCAAAACGACGGCGAAGCCCGCAACAAAUCGGCUACGAAUACAUGCCAGGAUCGAUGAAAAAUCCAUACUCGAAAGAAGGCGAAUCCAGUGUGGAAUGGGAGUACGCCCGGUGAAUUGUGCACGAUCGGAUGGGAGAGCGUACGCCUUGCGAGUCCAAUAUAGCUGCAUCGCAGGAGUACAACAGGAUACCGGAGAGCAGGCACAGAGAGCGGGGAAUUGCUGCAUUGCAAGAAUCAGGAUGCAUGCCCGAUUGCAUGUUCUUGUUUUUUCUUCAUUCAUUGAUUGCAUGCGACCUAUCUAGAUCAUGGCAAUAUCAUCUAUCUGUGCAG